AUGUGCAUUGGAAGAGUAACCUCCGAAGUGACUGGAGAAAACCCGAGCGUGACGAGAGCUACCUGCGCAACUUUCUGUGAGAGGAAAGGGUAUGUUGUUGUGGGAUAUGACGACGGGACGGUAAGACUGUGGAGUGCAUCGGAGAGGAAAGUAUUGAGAAAUUUCCGCGGUCACAGAUCGGGAGUGCAUUGCGUUGCGAUCAGUGGGGACGGAAGACGUGUGGUGUCUGGAUCGGAGGACAAGAGCGUGCGGGUGUGGGACGUGGGGACGGGAGCACAAGUCGGGGAGGCGUUAGUUGGACACACGGGUUCGGUGCUUAGCGUUGCGAUAAGUGGGGAUGGAAGACGUGUGGUAUCUGGUUCGGAUGACAAGAGCGUGCGGGUGUGGGACGUGGAGACGGGAGCACAAGUUGGGGAGGCGUUAGUUGGACACACGGGUUAUGUGUACAGCGUUGCGAUGAGUGGGGACGGAAGACGUGUGGUAUCUGGAUCGGAUGACAAGAGCGUGCGGCUGUGGGAUGUGGAGACGGGAGCACAAGUCGGGGACGCGUUACUUGGACACACGAGUUCGGUGUACAGCGUUGCAAUGAGUAAGGACGGAAGACGUGUAGUAUCUGGAUCGGAUGACAAGAGCGUGCGGGUGUGGGACGUGGAGAGAGGGAUCACACUUCAUACCGGGAGGGAAGAGGAUUGGGAAGAAAUCAGGAGUCGGUUCCUGAAGACGGCAGACUUGAGUACUGCUUCUCGCGCAAGACGAACAUCACAAAUAUUUGCAAGGGACGAAAGAAUUGUGCAAAGGCGAGAGGAUGGGUCUGAGGCUGUCUUGGCCCAGUUGGACAAUGGUGGAGACAUGCAGAUAGACCACGAUCACGAGGUCGCAGUUGCAGGGACGGGCCAUCUGGUUGCUAUCAUGAAGCUAGUGGUGUAA